GUUGUAAGAUAUGAUCUCAUCACAUCAUAGAGAGGAAGUUUAUUUUAUGAUGAUGGGUAUUUUCUGUCAUUCAAUCCAUCGAAAUUAAAUAACGUGUACGUAAAUUAUCAUCUGAAGGCAAUGUUUCUCUAUUCAUUUUAACGAUAUUAAAGAGCCGGACCACUUUGAAAAUAAGAAGAUUUUUGGGAUCAACGUUGUUAUGCUUAAAAGUGUCCUUACCACUUCUGUUUAUUUUUAAUUUCGAUAUUCGUUGCAACAUUCAGGAAGUUUGAUUACCAGGUUAGGGAAUUUAAAUUGUGAACAUGGCUAGUGGACAAAACAAUACCGACAUAAAGGUCCCAUCGGAAGAUAUCGUCAGAAAUUUCAAUGCGGGAAUAGAGAGAUGCAGCUAUUGUUGGAAACAGGCGGAAGUCACAGCUGCCCAAGGUGAAACAAACAAGUCAGGGGACUUAUAUAGAGAGGGACUGGAAAUUGCUCAGGAACUGUGUAGAUGCUUUGAAGCUAAGAUUGGAAACACACAAUUAAGAGAAAAACCAGGCCGCAGAGAUCGUCAGGACAGCGGCAUCGACUCUAAGUCAGGUAUGGAACAGCCCCUAAUGGAAAUAAGGUGCUCCCAAAACUACCUGGAAUUUAGAAGGCUGAUGCUCACCUGGAUGGGUCCCUCUUUGGUAUAUCAACUAGUAGAACCGUGCGCGUGUGGACUGGCCGUACAGCCGGGAAAACUUGUUGAUGUUAUCACUGUUUUGAUGCUCUAAUCCAAUUUUCCUAUUUGUAUUUGUAUGCAUGAAUAUGAUAACGAACGGCUUUUGUAAAUACUUACUCUAAUAUGUGUUUAUUUUAACAUAUACACUUUUAUUUCCACGUCACAAGAUCAUUGUUGUUUGUAUUUGAUAUGUUAUGUAUGUCUGUUAUUCAUGUCGGAAAAUAGCUCGUUGAGCUAAUGUUUCUUGUUAACAAAAAACCGACAUAUGCGCUUUUUGCUGUUUGCAAUUGAGGAGGUUGUUUUUUACUGACACGUAUGAAUAUAAAUACGGGCAAUUUAUUUGUGUAAUUGUAUAAACAUGACAUAGUUUGGUGGUACUGUAUACUUUUGUUUAUUUAAAAUGAAUCGUGAAUUAUGAUUUGAAAUGUGGUAUUUUUUGGAGACUUUAAUAUUUUUGCAGAAA